GCCACGCCUCAGUUCGCAGGCGCCCCUCGGCCUCGCCACCCGUCUCUGACUCUCUCCGCCUAGUGUGCCACCUAUCCCUCUGCCCAGUCCGGCCGGGCAGCGGGCAGGAGCAGACCCAACAGCAGCUCCGAGCACGGUGCCCGAAGCCAGCCUCUGCUUCAUCCUCGAGCCCCUCGGAGGGAACACUGGCUGUCGCCAUCAUGUCUGCUGCAAAUCCUGAGACUCCAAACUCAACCACCUCCAGAGAGGCCAGCACCCAGUCUUCUUCAGCUGCCACCAGCCAAGGCUAUGUUUUACCAGAAGGCAAAAUCAUGCCAAACACUGUUUUUGUUGGUGGAAUUGAUGUUAGGAUGGAUGAAACAGAAAUUAGAAGUUUCUUUGCUAGAUAUGGUUCAGUAAAAGAAGUGAAGAUAAUCACGGAUCGAACUGGUGUGUCCAAAGGCUAUGGAUUUGUUUCAUUUUAUAAUGACGUGGAUGUGCAGAAGAUAGUAGAAUCACAGAUAAAUUUCCAUGGUAAAAAGCUGAAACUGGGCCCUGCAAUCAGGAAACAAAAUUUGUGUGCUUAUCAUAUGCAGCCACGUCCUCUGGUUUUUAAUCCUCCUCCUCCACCACAGUUUCAGAGUGUCUGGAGUAGUCCAAACACUGAAACUUACAUACAGCCUCCGACCAUGAUGAAUCCUAUAACUCAGUAUGUUCAGGCUUAUCCUCCUUAUCCAAGUUCACCAGUUCAGGUUAUCACUGGAUAUCAGCUGCCUGUUUAUAAUUAUCAGAUGCCACCGCAGUGGCCUGCUGGGGAGCAAAGGAGUUACGUUAUUCCUCCGGCUUAUACAACCAUUAACUACCACUGUAAUGAAGUUGAUACAGGAGCUGAAGUUUUGCCAAGUGAAUGCUCAGUUCAUGAAGCUACUCCAUCCUCUGGAAAUGGCCCACAAAAGAAAUCUGUGGACAGAAGCAUACAGACGGUGGUGUCUUGUCUGUUUAAUCCGGAGAAUAGACUGAGAAACUCCUUUGUCACUCAGGACGACUACUUCAAGGAUAAAAGAGUUCAUCACUUUAGAAGAAGUCGGGCAGUGCUUAAGUCUGUUUGAUCCUUUUUGCUAACUUUCUAGUCUCAUAGGAAGUCACAGGUUUUGAAUAGUAAGAGACUGAAAGUUUUCCACUACUAUAGAAAUUUAAUUCUGAAUUUUGAUAAAUCACACUCAGACUUUAUAUGUUAUAUUAGAUUGCCUAGUUUUAUUUUACAUUGAAAGUUUUUCAUUAGACAUUUACUUAGAAACUGGUUCUGUGUUGAAUAUAUAGUUAAAAGUGAAAAAAUAAUUGAGACUGAAAAUAACUUUAAGAUAUAUCUGUAAGGAUUUAAACUUGACAUUUUAAGAGUUUAAAAACAAAUGCUGAUUUUUCCAAAAAAAAAUUGUUUUAGAAAACCUAUUUUGAAAGGUCAGAAUUUUGAUGGUUUAAAUACAAGCACUACACUUCUCCAACAAGUACCUAUGAACAGUACAAUAUCUGCAAUAUUGUGCUUUUAUGAUUUAUCUAGAAAUUUACCACAAAAGCAGAGUUUUUAAACCUGUAUUUUUAAUCAGUGAAACUCAAUAUAUAGUUAGCUUUAUUGAAGUUUUCCUUAUCUAAACCCAGUAAAACAGAUUCUAUACAAACAGUCCAAUCAGUGGGUCUUAUAUUUAUUACUUCAAAAUACUUUAUCUUUUAUCUGGAAUCCACACAUAGAGAUAACCGAUUGGGAUGGUAAUUAGGAUAACUAAAAUUCUGGGCCAAUUUUUUUUUUUUUAAAGAAUCUAAAACAAACAACUUUUCUAGGUACAUAAACUUAGUUGAGUUACCAUUCUCCUUUUUUCUUUUACUUUUUUUCCCCUUGAAACGCUAAACUCAAUGGCUGUAUCUUAAAUUGUGCAAAAUAUUGGUAUUAAAGAAGACUGAAACUUUUAUGUCACUUAAAAGUUAAUCAGAGUAUCUGAAAGGAAUUGUUUUUAUAAGAAACAUUAAAAUAUUAGUUAUUUGUUAAAGAACAGAAAGAUUUUUAUUUUGUUUUUUUAGCCUGUUUUUUUUUUUUAAGUAAAAUAUGUCCAGGAAAGUCAGAGCAGUUUUGAUGUUUCUAAACCACAAAAGAUGUUUAGUUAGUAAUAAGCAUAUCCCCAAAAUACACUUGAGUUAGUUAACAAUCCAUUUUUAGAUUAGGUAGGCUCCUCCUUAGACAUUGCAAAUCGUGACGAAUAACUAGAGAUCCAGAGCCCCUUUGCUGUACGCACGGUCUUGCCUUUCCAGUCUCCACCGUUCUUGCAGGAGGUUUGCUCCUGGAACAGGUGAUGUGAAGCAAAGAAGUAGUAGUAUGAGCAGUGUGAGAGUUAAGCCUUGGAAAGGGUAGCAGUGGGAUAACCCCUUUCUAAGGGAAUCACUUGUAGCAGCAUCAUUUGACCUGCCGUGGGUUUAGAGGAGCCUCCUGGCUUUUCUUUCUUGGGCCAGCCCCUUCAUUAACACGUGGAAACUCCAUAUAGCCCUGUCCUAAUGACGCUUCCAUGGGCCAUGCCAUCAGUGCCCAUUGUCUUAUAGUUCCUAAUAAUUUUCCUUCUGAAUCUGAAGGGAAGAAUCUUUUAAGGAUGCCCAAGAGGGCUUUCUUAUGCCUCAGAAUUUCAAAGUGCCCUGAAAUUUGUUCUUUUUAAAAUUCUCUAUACUUUUUUGUGUGUGUGCUAUAACAUUCUUACAUGUAUUAUUCUGUGAUUAAAUCUCCAGGUUACUAUAAAUGAUACCUAAAUUCUAAAGAGCCAAUUAUUAUUCCAGUAUGACCUUAUUCCCUUAAGAAAAAGGGAAUAAACGUUUUGCCUGCUAUUUUGUUGGACUGAAGUAUUUAAAAGAGUAAGGUAGAAGAGACAAAAUCCUGAACCUUUCAAAAUGGAAAAUUAAUUUUAAACUUAAAAAUGUGUUCCUAUUACCUAUGCUGAUACUAUCUUUGCAUAAAUGAAUAAAUAGUAAUAAAGAAACUUUUUUUUCAAAA